CGAAUAGCUUGCCACCCAGCAUUCUCUCCUCCCUCGAUGGCCAGUCAGUGCAGUAUCUGUCUUUCUUCUAUAAAGGAGCCGGUCUCUAUCCCUUGUGGACACAUUUACUGUGCCGAAUGUCUAGGAGAAUACAUCAACGCUGCCGCUAGUCCAAAUAGCUACAACUCUACCUGUCCUACCUGUCGUACAGAAUUUCCUAUUGUUAGUCCUGAGCGAACAUGCCUCCCAAAACAAGUCCAAAAAUACCUCUUCCCCAUAAUCCGACGCGUCUACCUUCCCGACGCCCCUGCUCCCUCUCCAGCACUCCAAGCCGAAAACCAAAGACUCCUAAAUUGCCUCAACGCAUCCCAAAACACGCGUCAACGACUAGAAGAUCAAGUUGCACAUUUGAUGCAACAGUGCGAGAGACACAUGUCUGCUGCUGCUGCUCAUGCAAAAGGGGAAAAGGACGCGAUGUUGGAGGUGGAGAGGUUGAGGAGGAAGGUAGAGUAUGAGAUGAGGGUGAGGAAGGAUUUUGAGGUGGAGAGAGAUGCUGAGAUGCGAAGGUCGCUUGAUUUGGUAAAUGAGCUCGAGCGUUACCGGAAGGAGGAAGGAGAGGUUGGGUCAGAUGAAUCAGGUAACAGUGGCGCUGGUGAUAUGCGUGAUUAUUGGGCUAUGGAGCCAAUUCCAAUCCGGGGAAGGAUCCCUUUUACUGUAACUUCGAGUGACGAAGACAGUAGUGAGGACGAGCAUCCCAUUACUGUUAGACGACCCGGAGCCAUCCUUUCAAGCGCUCGUAUUUCAGAACAAACCCAAAGACAAAAUGUACUCCACCCUAGUCCCAUUCGCCGCCCCAACAAACGUCAUUUCCGUCUUUCCAACCCGCUCAGCGAUGGUGACUCCGACGGGUUGUUAUCAGAAGAUGAAGAACCACCACAGCAGAACACGAACACGAACAACUACGCAAUGGCACGGGCUCCCCGUGCCUCGGAGGCUUCGUCCUCAAUCACUCCACGACGACGAGUGGUGAGGGAGCUUCCCUUCCGUCCUUGUACUCCCCCUCAACUUACGGCUCUCCCCCAACCUCCUACGAAGCGUAUGAGGGUUGCAGAGCGGUUACGUUGAGGGGUUGAGAGUCGUUUCGUAGGGAUGUGCCUUUCGCAAUUUCUUCUUUUACGCUUGCUUUUUUCUUAAAGGUUAUAAUGAUGUAUAUAUGCAAAUACAUACAUGCUUUGCUUCCGACUGCGAUCACACUCGUAAUCAACACAUCAUGA